UCAAUGGGGACGUUUUCUUGUGGAUAUACGUAAUUUCACACUACUUCUCUUAGAAAGAAAACAAAUGUCGCAUACGGGUAAAAAUCAAAGUGGUUUUAUGACGCGAAACCUGAUGUAAGCUUAACCGGACUAGCUUUAUUGUCAAUUUCAUCAACAUUUGCCCAGAGAAUCCCUUUGGAAAAAAAGUGGCUGGAUUCAUCUCCGCCGCCGCCUCUUCCAGCAGGAGUACAUUUGAUUACGGAGACAGUACAACCAUGGAUCCGACCCGGGGAUUUAAAUUUUUGGACACGGUGGCACACUCUGCUGCUCAGUAAGGAUGGAGAGAAAAUAAGAGGGGGGUUUUUUCUUCUUACAAACGUAUCAGGUAGCGGUUUCUCAGCAGAAGGAUGCCGCUGGUGAAGCGCACCAUCGAGCCCAGGCACCUGUGCCACACGGUGCUGCCAAGAAACAUCAAGAACGAGCUGGAGUGUGUGACUAACAUCUCCUUGGCCAACGUCAUCCGCCAGCUCAGCAGCCUCAGUAAAUAUGCAGAGGACCUGUUUGGAGAGCUCUUCAAUGAAGCACACUCCUUUUCUUUCCGGGUCAACUCCCUGCAGGAGCGCGUGGACCGCCUCUCCAUCAGUGUCACACAGUUGGACCCCAAAGAAGAGGAACUGUCUCUUCAGGACAUCACCAUGAGGAAGGCCUUCAGGAGUUCUACUGUUCAGGACCAGCAGCUGUUUGAUCGCACGUCUCUGCCUGUCCCACUGCAGGAGACGUACCACACCUGCGAGCAGCCCCCACCACUCAACAUCCUCACACCCUACAGAGAUGAUGGAAAGGAGGGUCUAAAGUUCUACACCAAUCCAUCCUAUUUCUUUGACCUGUGGAGAGAAAAGAUGCUUCAGGACACAGAGGACAAGAGGAAGGAGAGGCGGAAACAGAAGCUGGAAAUGCCUUAUCUUGUGUGUCCCAAGAGCCUUAUAAGAGUCCUCUCUGAAACCCCUCCUCCCUCCCUUACUCCCCAAGAGUUGCAGGACCCCCGCAUGUAUGAUCAGGUCUAUAGGUACUUAGACCUUCCAGGGCAGCUGAAGGCGAUCGACCGUCCACACGAGCCGGAGAAGAUACCGCGAGCACCUCACGAUCGUAAGAAGGAGUGGCAGAAACUGGCACUGGGGGCAGAGCUCGCCCAGGACUUACCUGAAGACAAACACAGAGAGGCCAACGGAUCUGCGGGUUAUCACGACAACAGGACUCAUUUGUACAUGGAGCAUUUGGACGGGCCCUUCUCACUGGCGGCGCUGCCCUACACUCAGAUGAACGAACUGCUUAACCGUACAGGGGACAGAAUGUAUUCCCGACCUCACGACCCUCCACCGCCACCUCCUAUGCACCCACUGGGAGAGAUAAAGCCACCUUCUGUGAUCAGCUCCAGCUCGGGCUUUUCCGACAGCAGACCCCAGUCUCCAGCCCGGACAGCAGGCCACAACUCCAACACUCCUCCUCCUCCGCCUCCCCCUCUGCCCCCUCCUCCUCCACCCUUACCCUCCACAGGCUUGCGCGGCACUCCUCCUCCUAUUCCUCCUCUACCAGUCCAGCAGCAGCUCCCAGCCAUCCCGCCUCCCCCCGCUCCCCUCCAGAUAGCCCCGGGUGUUCUCCAUCCAGCCCCUCCACCUGUGGCACCUCCACUCCACUCCUCAUCUCCAGCUCGUUUCCAGCAGGUCCUGGACAAAGGUCCAUCUGCGGGUUCUGGUAUUCAGUCAGACAGCACCAUCCUGCCUCCUCCACCGCCACCACCUCCCCUGCCCCUCCCAGGAGCGCGGAGCUCAUCACCGUGCCUAUCAGGGCCACCACCUGUGCCCGCCUUCCCUUCAGCAGGAGCCAUGGCCUCCCCUCCCCCCCACGCCAUCCACGACGUGGGGACCAAGAGGCACCAUCCAGCCAAUCUGCCACCCAUCAGCGAUGCACGCAGCGUCCUGUUGGAGGCUAUCAGAAAAGGCAUACAGCUGCGAAAAGUGGAGGAGCAGCGAGAACAAGAGGCUAAGCACGAGCGAGUGGGUAAUGAUGUGGCCACCAUCCUGUCACGCCGCAUCGCCGUGGAAUACUCCGACUCCGAGGACGAGUCCGAGUUUGAUGAAGGAGACUGGAUGGAAUGACGGCGGCGAGGGAGAGAGCAGAAGGAAUACCGGGAGGAUGGAGGUGCCCCACCCUCCAGCAGUACCCCAUCCCUGCACUCCACACCUCGACAUCAAAGAAGCGAAACACCGUUACGACCACCUUUCCUCUCUCCUUUUUGUUUUUUUUGUUUAUAUCUUGUCAUAUGUCUGUCUCGUUGUGGUUUGUGUUCAGUGGAGGGUCUCCACGUCGCCGUUGUCGGUCUUUCUAGUGUUCCAAGAGUAGUUUUUCUCUCUCUCUCUCUUUUCGAAUUCAUUCUUCUGCACCUACCACGCGACUUUGUUUCGGCUGGAUUUCUUGUGAUGAAAUCCCUCAUGUUUACUAUUGGUAUACACGAAGAUAACUUUUUUGAAGAGCCACUUGUUUUCGUUUCUUAUCUGUACCUUGAUGUUGGAAAAAAAAAAAACAAAGAAGAAAUUUGAAAAGAACAAAUGAAGGCAUGUUGCAUCUAUCUUUAGUUCUCCCAUAUGGUUUUGCCACCUGGUGGCUGAACAUGGCAUUGAGUGAAUGCUGCUUUAUUUUAAUCAUCUUUUAUUUACCUAGUACAACUGAAACACUUGUUUUAACAGGCCAGUAGUAUCAAACCCUGACCACAGGCUCGGUUGUCGUCACCCCCCCACCCCCCUUCCCACACACACACACACUUUUUUUGUUAUCAGGAAUGACUUUACCACUAAGGACAAGCAAAAGAUUGUGUUGCUGUGUCAUGUGAUAAUUGUUGUAUGGCUGAAAUGAUGGGGGAAAGCAUAUGGCUGCUUUGGUCACAUGUGUGCAUAUCCAUCCACUUACAUUUAACCUUUACCCCAGGGAAAUGUAUGCCUAGAUACUGAGCUGUCUGGGUUCAGAGGAGCCAUUUCUGCUAUUGUUGACAUCAGGCGCUGUCAAAGAGAAACACUAAGCCAUUGUUUAUAUCGAGCUCCCUUCAUUUUCUUACGCUCGUUGCCGCAGAAAUGGACGGUGGAAGCAACUUGAUUCUGUAGAUAAACAUCAGAAUUCCUGCCUCUCUUAUUAUCCUUGAUUUAAAAAAAUAAAAUAAAAUAAAAAUAAAAAAUACAGCGUACAGAAACUUUUUCAAGUUUUGGGAAUCUGACUGACACCAGAUGCAAACCAGUCGACGUCACUGAUGGCAGCUUUUCUCUCAGAUCCCCUUUUACUGUUUAACUGCUCACUAACGGGAAGCCUUACCUCGUUUGGGACUACAGCUCUACAUAGUACUGCCGUUUGAGGCGUAAGACAAGAAGCUUACAUUCUGCCUUGUUUUGGCUCAUUUGAAAGGAAAUGUCUGCCAUCCUUUUCCGUUCGUUCGUUUUGUUUUUUUUCUUCUACUUGCCUUAUUGUUCGUACAAAACGUAUCGUUGAGUUGAUGAAUGUAUUGUGCUGUUACUACUUACUUGCCUGCGCUUGUAUGAAUUCGCUGUUUCUAUGUUUGGCUGGGGGGGGGUUGAAAGGAGGAAAAAAAAGAUUGGAUCAAUACUGUAUACCAUGUAACUUAUGUAACUGUUUACUGUAACAGUUUGCUUGAAUUAAUAAAAAUCUAAUGUUAUGUUUCAGGAGUUGUUGUUGUUGUU